AUGCAGUGCAAAUUCAUCGAUAUUUGUCAUUUCAAUAAUCGCUUUCUACCGUAUAAAUACAUACACAUUACUUUUGUAGAUGUGAAGCCGCCGCCUGAGCUGUUGAUGGAGGUUACAAUCGAUUUGACCAAGCCCAAGGCGGCGCAUUGUGGAAAGAAUGCUGCGGCCUUUGAAACGGAACGUUUGCUCAUCCAGCUGGUGAGUGAACAACCGGCGCUGUAUAAUAGUCGACAUGUACGCUUCAAGGAUGAUGGAUACAAGAAGCUCUUGUGGCAACUGAUUGCCAUCAAAGUGGGCAAAGAGUCGAGCAAUUGCAUGAGCCUUUGGGCCGAGUUGCGGCAUCGUUACCAGCAACAAGUGCAGCGACGUCGUCGUCGCCAUCGCGUUGGCAAACGUUACGCCUCGCUGCUGCAUGAGGAGCAGCUGCUUUUCCUGUAUCCCCACGUGGCCAGGAUGCCGCUGCAACGUCAGACGCCAGAGGAUCAACAGACCAGCAACGUCAGCAACGCUGACGACGACGAUGAUGAUGAUGAGGUGACCAUUGUGGAGCCACAACCUGCGAUUAUUAUCGAUGUGGACAAGGUGGCCAUUGAGAACUAUAAACUGAACGGAGAACAGUUGCAUCUGAUCGAUCAUAGCAUUAGCUCCAAUUGCAGCUCCACAACGAGCUUUGUGCUGCCGCGCAUCGAGGCCGACAUUAGCGUGUUGCCACUGGCAACAAGCGAGGCAGUUGCAGUUGCUCCUCCCAGGACUUCCAUUAUCUCAGUUGUGCCCAACAGCAAACUCUCGCCUGGCAGCGACAUUGCCAGCAACAACUACAGCUACUCGAGCGGCGACAGCAACGCGAGCAGUGGCAACAACUUGAACAGCAGCGACAGCGACAAGAUUUAUGAGGCUGGCAUUGUGACUUAUUUGUCAAAAAAAUCGCUCAAAUCGCUGACGGUGCGCAAUGACAAGGUGCCCAUGCCCAGCAUACGUUCCAUCAGCAACAAUCCCGUAAAAAUUACUGACACCAACCACAACAGCAAGUCGAACACGAACUUGGUUGCCACUUCGAGUUCUGCGUCAGCAUCAAAUUCAACACCAGCUGCGCAAUUGUUGCGUGUGGAGUUCCGUGAUUGCCCAUCGAAUGGACGCAUGUUGCAUGUGACGGUCAACGAUGUGCCGAUCCAGGCGAAUUUCAAUAUGUCACGCACUGCGCUCUUCAUUCGCGAAGUGAUGGCCGUGCCACAGCUGCACAGCAAGGAGCCGCAUUUGACCAACAACAUCAACAAUCUCUGGUCGCAGUUAUCCAAAAAGUUUCAUCUCCCAGAUGAUAUUUGUCGCGGCAUUUGGACAUUUUUGUCGCACAAUUUCAAUUUGUUUCCACAAAUUGCGCCCAUGGAGGACUUAAUGCGUCCGUUUAAGAGCACACUCAAGGUGUGGAAGAAGUCGCAUAGUUUUUUCAGCAAAUUCGAUGAGAUCGCACGCAAACACGAAUGGAUGCUGCACAAGCACGAAUUGCCCGCUCUCAUGCAACAUUGUAAGCGCUACGAGCAUCUCUACUGGGAACUGCGUCGUCCUCGUCCCGGCGAGUCGGCAAAUUCGAUGCGGCCUCCUCGUAUGUUUACCGAGCAGGAGCGUCUCGAUGUUUGGCGCGAGGCAAAGGAGAAUUUUCCACAAAUGGAUCAUCAGGAUGUUUGGUCAAUGUUUAAGUAUGCAUUCAAGACCUACAUGGAGGAUCUAGAGAAGGGCAUCGAUAAUUCCUGGCCACAAAACUGGUGGCAUGUCCUGAAGCAACUGAAGUUUCUUAUCAAUGUGCGUUACCAUCCGCACGAUCCGUACUAUUAUAUUGUGCACAACAAGUUCAUGGAGGAGGUGAAACGUUGCAGCAUACACGAUGAUGAUGACGUCGCGGAUGGACGUCGCUCUGCUGCCAGGCACAAGAUGCCACCGCUGGCCAGCAUAGAACAAACGGUUGUCGAAUUAGCACAGUUCAUUGGCAACGACGAUCGACAAUUGCCCAGCGUCAAUGGAUUCCUACUGACGGAAUCAAUGCGUCGCCAUCGCAGAGCCUUUAGCGUCGCAAACACUGCCGAGAAACGCGCCGCCUGGAUACGCAUCUCCAGGGAGUUGAAGUCGUCAGUCACCGAGUGCCGAUUGAGUUUUCAGCACAUGUUGCGGCAGCAGCGCGUGUGGCGCAUCAGCGAUCCGAAAGGACGUUGCACGUUGUCGACGAAGUAUUAUUGCAAACGAUGA